AAUCAGACCCUCUCGGAACUUGGAUUGAAUGAAAAUGAUUUACCUGAAAACCCGAAAUCUUCAUGCUCUCCUGCUGAUCUUUUGCCUUGUUUCUUUCGCCACAUUUUUAUUGAGAGAUCCCUUAUUUCUCCUCAGCCAAUUUCACAUCAUCAUCAGUAGACCAUGUGGGUGCCGUCCUUUAUGGAACAAGCAUUAUGCACAUCCUUCAUUAUGUAUUUCAGAACUAGAGGAGGUGGACCCCUGGUUCAGAAACAGGUUUAACACGUCUGUUGAACCUCUGCUGUUCAGUGGAAACUGUAAGCUCAGUAACGAGACCUACAACUGGUGGAUGUGGCUUCAAGCUGAGGACAACCCUUCCAACCUGAAUGCAGUGACAGACAAGUUAUUUCAGGUUAUACCUGAUAAACGGCACUACAUGGAUGCCGGGCCUUACCGAUGCCGGUCAUGCUCUGUGGUUGGAAACUCCGGAAAUCUCCAAUCAAGCAAUUACGGCAAACUGAUCGACUCCAGCGACUUUGUCAUCCGGAUAAACGAGGCUCCGACCCAUGGUUUUGAGCGUGAUGUGGGUAACAAGACCACACACCACGUGAUGUAUCCUGAAAGCGCCAUCGACCUGCCGAACGACAUCAACCUUAUCCUCAUCCCAUUUAAAAUCCUCGACCUGGAGUGGCUCACUAGCGCCCUCACCUCCGGACACAUCAACUUCACCUACCAGCCAGUUAAAACACUGAUCUCUGCAAACAGAAAGAAUGUGAUGGUAUAUAACCCCUCAUUUAUGAAGCACGUGCACAAGGUGUGGUUGGAGGAUCACGGCCGAUAUCCAUCAACUGGCUUCCUCUCGAUCAUGUUCGCACUGCACGUCUGUGAUCAGGUGAAAGUUUUCGGCUUUGGUGCUGAUCGGCAUGGAAACUGGCACCACUACUGGGAGAACAACCUCUUGUUUGGCAGCGCUUUCAAAGAGACGGGUGUCCAUGAUGCAGACUUCGAGUACAACAUCAUGGUGCAACUCGCCCUGACAGGCAAAAUACGAUUUUUUAGAGGCAUGUAGUCUCUGUCCAGCUCGGCCGAUUGGUUACAGACACUGGAGAAAACCGUCUCGAUCAUGACGUCUAUUUGGCACACGGUUGACCUCACAGUAAGACAGGAAGUGUCCCGAGCUCGGAGCUGGGCAAACGAGAGUGGAGGGUUUUAUUCAGAGCUAAGAUUUGAACUCAACCUCUUGGGAACUGGAAAAUAAUCUUCUAAACCGAUGUUAUCGCGUCUCUCCUGGUGGUGUUUUUGUCUCGCCUCACUUAGGUGUUCUCGGGAUCACUGCAGAGUGAUGGACUUUUUGUAGAUUUUAAACCUAGGUUUUAAAUUAUUUCCCCUUUCAGUAUUUGUAAUUUAUUGAGUUGGAUUUAUUUUAAUCACUUGAAAAAAAUUUUAAUAUGUUAUUAUAAUAAGAUUUAUUCUGUAUAUUCUCUUGCCUUCAGGUUUUUUUUUUUUAUCUCCAGCUUUGGAUUAUCCAUUUUUAAUUUCUUUCUGGUUCUUGUUUGAAUGAGAAUUUGCAGGAACACCAUCUUCAUACGGAACAUCCAGACUAUGGGAAAGAUCUUCUGAUCGAAAGAGAUAUUCUGGUUUUGGUUUCUUUGUUUUAAAAAAAACUAACAGCUUGUAAACAUCAAGCUUCAGAUUAUCAAAUGCUUUAAAUCUAUUUUUAGUAACAUCAUGGACACUCAGAGUUCAGGUUGUCAGAUUUCAGUGGUCUAGAUAUUUCACUUUCAUUAACCGUUCUUCCACAUUCAGCCUCAUGCCCAGUAUUCCUGAGAUCAGAUCCCUGAGAUUGGAACAAUCACGGCCCUGACGGCCCUGGAUAAAAAAGCUCAUCAAGGUGAUUAAAAAGAAGGAUGUUUCUGUCUCUCUGAAUUAUAUUCAGUUUCUAUUUGUUUACGAAACUGGUUCUGGUUCUCCGGAUUUCAGGUUUUCAAUUUGUCUCAUGCAUUAGUUUCCAACAGUGAAAUCUGAAUGUUUUUAGGACAGGGAUGUGUAGUCAUGGUGUUUAUAAGACAGAAAGGCAGAGAUGAAGAGACACAGAUAAAAGACAGAGAAAGGGUGAGAGAGAGACUGUGACGAUUUAUGGUAUAGUGUUCAGGCUCCUCUCUUUCCAAGUGCCUUCCCUAACAUUGAUUUUAUAAAUCAAUCUUUUUUACAAAUGCUGUAAAUGAUAAAGUAUUAUUUAAAACUAAGGGUUGGGUUUCGCAGCACUGUGAUAAUGUUGUACACUGGAUGAA